GUGGCAUCUGGAGGUGAGUGGUUGUUCGUGGUUAUGCACAGAAUAGAAUCCGUCGAUUUCUUUACCGAAACGCUAACAUCGAACGUCAGAGUUAACCAGUAAAAAAGUCUCGCUAAAAGAUCAAUCAUGGGAAAGGAAAAGAUUCAUAUCAACAUUGUCGUCAUUGGACACGUCGACUCUGGUAAGUCGACCACUACUGGCCAUUUGAUCUACAAAUGUGGAGGUAUCGACAAACGUACCAUCGAAAAGUUCGAGAAGGAAGCCCAGGAAAUGGGAAAAGGUUCCUUCAAGUAUGCUUGGGUAUUGGACAAGCUGAAGGCUGAACGUGAACGUGGUAUUACGAUCGAUAUCGCUCUGUGGAAAUUCGAAACUUCCAAAUACUAUGUUACCAUUAUUGACGCGCCUGGGCACAGAGAUUUCAUUAAGAACAUGAUUACUGGAACCUCGCAGGCUGACUGCGCCGUAUUGAUUGUUGCUGCCGGUACCGGCGAGUUUGAAGCUGGUAUUUCAAAGAAUGGACAAACCCGUGAGCAUGCUCUGCUCGCUUUUACCCUUGGUGUGAAGCAGCUGAUUGUUGGUGUUAACAAGAUGGACUCUACUGAGCCGCCGUACUCCGAGUCUCGAUUCGAAGAAAUUAAGAAGGAAGUGUCAUCUUACAUUAAGAAGAUCGGUUACAAUCCCGCUGCUGUUGCAUUUGUGCCGAUUUCCGGUUGGCACGGAGAUAACAUGCUUGAGGUUUCUUCCAAGAUGUCUUGGUUCAAGGGAUGGACUGUCGAGCGUAAGGAAGGUAAAGUCGAAGGAAAGUGCCUUAUUGAAGCGCUCGAUGCCAUCCUUCCGCCUACCAGGCCUACGGACAAGGCUCUCCGUCUUCCCCUUCAGGACGUCUACAAAAUUGGUGGUAUCGGAACUGUGCCAGUCGGUCGUGUCGAAACUGGUGUGCUGAAACCAGGCAUGGUCGUCACGUUCGCUCCCGCAGGUCUGACCACUGAAGUCAAGUCAGUCGAGAUGCACCACGAAGCUUUGCAAGAGGCUGUACCUGGUGACAACGUCGGUUUCAACGUGAAGAACGUCGCCGUCAAGGAAUUGCGUCGUGGUUACGUAGCUGGUGACUCCAAGAACAAUCCACCCAAGGGUGCUGCUGACUUCACCGCACAGGUCAUUGUUCUGAACCACCCUGGACAGAUUUGCAACGGAUACACACCAGUGUUGGAUUGUCACACUGCGCAUAUCGCGUGCAAAUUCGCUGAAAUCAAAGAGAAGUGCGACCGUCGUAACGGAAAAACAACCGAGGAGAAUCCAAAAUCCAUCAAGUCUGGGGAUGCUGCUAUUGUCGUGCUCGUUCCGAGCAAGCCAAUGUGUGUCGAGGCUUUCCAAGAAUUCCCGCCUCUGGGACGUUUCGCCGUUCGUGACAUGCGUCAAACGGUGGCUGUAGGUGUCAUCAAAGCCGUCAAUUUCAAGGACGCUUCUGGUGGCAAGGUCACCAAGGCUGCCGAGAAGGCCCAGAAAAAGAAAUAACUAGUUUCCGUACAUGUGUAUCGCCAGAUGGGUUUCGGCGUAUAGUAGCCGAAGUAGUUUACCUCCUUUCUUCACGUUGCUCGCGCGAGAACAACAUUAUGUUGUUGCCAUUGGAGACUGCAAUAUUUUCUACGAAAUCUCGGUUUAUAAUUAAGGAUGAUAGAAUCGGUAAAGAAUCGCGACGACUGGCAUUUUACGUGCAUGUAAUUGCAGAAACGCCAUAUUUUUUUGAUAUUCGUAUAUUCCAUUUGUCUAAAUGGUUACUCCGUCACUUUUCUCACCGUAAGGAAUUUCGUAGGAAAGGCACGCGGGUUGAUAAUGGUUCGCGAACACGUGUUACCCUCUUGAUUGCGGGUUCCGUGAGAAAAGAAAGUGAACUAUGGAAAGCCACUUAUAACAUCUGUCUCACAAGAACAUCAACAAACAUCAUAAUUUAGCUCGGCUUAAUUAUAUUUUCUAAUUAUUAUACGGAAAUAAAAUCCUAUAUCUGCGAUAUUCGAGAAACAUCUCAUUAUUAUUUUUUUGCCGUCAUUAUUAUUGAUUAAUCAUCGCCAUCCUUGUCGCAUAAAAUGCUUUACACCUUCAAAAGUUGUCGUCUGUAGUAGAACAAUUGAAACGGUUUUUUAAAUUUUUAUCUAAUUACGAAUCGGAAUACAUCGAUACAGACCGUGGGAGAAAGAACGAACAUUGGUAGUUCCAGCACAAGAAUUUACUUGGGAGACGGGACCUGUUUUUUAUUAAUUUCCAAUUACCUGAGUAGGUAAGGAAUUGAACUACACUUUGAAGUAUAUAUACACACUUUUCUACGAUAUAUAUAUAUAUAUAUUUGACUUUUUACAUAUUUUCCUUUUACACGUUCUACAUUGAGAAAAGUACAUACGUGCGGAGUUAUCAUUGCCGUCUGCAAUGGUUUCUGUACUUUUUAGCCGCGAUUUUUCGAUUGGAAUUGGUUAGCAACGGUUUUCUGUACAUACAUAUAAAUAACGAUAAUAAUGAAUAAAAAUGAAGGAACUACGGAAA